UUGUUGUUGUUGUUGGUGGUGGUGACAUAAUUCACCAAUGAAAUUAGGGAAAGUUUAUUUAUUUAUUUAUUUACAAUUUGUGUACAAUAUUCUAUUUAUUUAUUACAUCAUUCAAAAUGUGUACUUCUUUCAAUGACAUAAUAUCUACCAUUGAAUAUACAUAAAUUACAAUAGAUGUGUGUAAAUAAGAGAAAAUAUAUAAAUAGUGAAAACUGAUUACAUCAUACAUAUUAAAGUGUAUAAACAUUAUUCCUAUUUGACUAUUGUUUUAUCAUUUAUCCGAUUUUGUUUUUUGAAAAACAACCACCCACCCCAGUAACUUAAUCUAAAUGAAAACAUUUUGGAUAAAACAUCAACAAACCAUUUCAAUAAAUCUUGUCAUAUUUUGUUUUUUAAUUUAUAAAAUGGCAGAAUCAUUAUUACAAUAUGGUAAUCGUAUUUAUAUUUAUACAAAUGUAUGUAAAGGAUUAAUAAGUCAAUUGAAUGGAUCAUUUUAUCAAUUAUGUGAAUAUCAUGUUCAGGAUUAUAAACAAUAUAAAACUGUUGGUGAUGAUAAUCCUGUUAGUAUCAAUAGUUCAGUUAUUGAUAAUGUAACUGAUGAUUUACAAAAGCAGAAUAGGAUAAAUGAUUUAAGAAAUAUGAAUGAUUCUGUUGAAUCUGAUAUACAUUCUAUUCAAAUUGAUAUACAAAAACUAUCUGGAUGGUAUUUAUUACUUUAUCGUCUUUUAGCAAAUAUACCAGCUAUGUUAACAUGUUUACUAUAUGGUUUAUUAAUGAAUAGAAUAAGUCAAAAUUAUAUUAUGUUAAUCCCAUGUUUAGGAUCUAUUCUAUCAUGUGGAUUAUUUCUAAGCAGUUUAUUACCAAAUUUAAAAUUGUUACCAGAUUCAAUAAUAUUCACAUUAAUUGGUGCUACAAUAUAUGGAUUAUGUGGUAAAAGUAAUGCAAUUAGUUUAUGUGCUAAUAGUUAUAUAAUACAAAAUACUACUAUAAAAAAACGUACAUAUAUAAUUGGACGUUUAUUAGGUGUAAAUUUUUUUGGUUUAGCACUUGGUUCAUUAUUACUUGGUAUAUUUUAUCGAUAUUUAAAUUAUUUUAUUAUGAUUCUAUUUGUAAUUAUUGGAAAUUUAUUGGUGAUGAUAAUUUUAUUCAUUUUAAUAAAAAAUUCUAAAAAAUGUUUAUUAAAUACUUUAUCAUAUUCAAUAGAAGAAGUUGUAAAUCAAUUUGAUAGACCACAUGUUAAACAGAAAGAUCUUAACCAUAACGAUACUACUACUACUACAUCUACUACUAGUAAUACUACUACUACUACUAAUACUAAUACUACUACUAAUACUACUACUACUAAUAAUAAUAAUAAUAAUGAAACCAGCUUUGCAAAUACAUUUAUAUACAAAGAACAUAAAACUUAUUAUCAGAAUAUCAUUACAUAUUUAUUAAAACUUUUAUUGAUUAUUAAAUCAUCUUAUCGAUUUUUAUUUAAUAAACAAUCAAAUAAUAAACAUAUUUAUUUAUUAUUUAUAUUAAUGACUAUAUUUAUUAAACAAAUUAGUAAAUCUGGUGAACAAGAUAUUAUUUUAUUAUAUUUAUUAAAUCAAUCUAAUUUAUUAUGGAAUACAGAAUUAUAUGCUUAUUAUAUAACAUGUUAUUAUACAUUAAUGUUUAUACAAUUAAUAAUAUUAUUACCAAUAAUAGAAAAAAAAAAUUUAUUAAAUGAUUUCAAUUUAAUUCUAAUUGGUUUAUUUACAGAAAUGAUACGUUUAUUGAUUAUUGGUUUAUUGAAUUAUAAUAAAUUAUUAAUAUUUUUAAGUGCUAUUAUUGGUUCACCAGCAUGUUUUAUUAUCACUUGUACAAAAUCAAUAAUUAGUAAAUUAAUCAAUAAUGAUAAUAAUAAUAAUAAUGAAUUAAAUAAAUAUUUUUCAAUUAUAUCUAUAUUAGAAAUUAUAUCUAAUUUUAUUGGUAGUUUAUUAUUUACUAUUAUUUAUAAUAAAUCAAUAAAUUAUUAUUCAUCAUUAAUAUUUAUAUUAGAUGCUUGUUUAAAUAUACCAAUUAUUAUUAUAUUUAUAUGGUUAAAAUAUAAAUUAAAUAAAUAUAUAUAAAUUAUUUAUUAUUAUUAUAUAAUUACCAUGGUAAUGAUGAUAGAAAAAGAAAAAAAAGAAAAAGGAAAUAAUAAAAAAGAAAAAAAACUUGUGGCCAUCAUCAUCACUACCAUCAUCAUCAACAUCAUCACUAUCAUAGUUAUCAUUUAUUAUUAUAUAAUUAUCAUUAUGAUUAUGAUAGAAAAAGAAAAAGAGAAAAAAUAAAGAAAAUAAUAGAAAACGGAUAAUACUUUAUCAAAUUUAUUGAUUAUGAUCAAAUUUAUAAUGAGAAAAAGAAGAACUUGAGGCCAUCACCAUCAUCAUUAUGGUCAAUAAUGCUUGUAACUAAUAGAAUUGUAAUAUUUCUUAGUAACUAUAUAAAUAUUUAUCAUAUUUGUAAUAAGUAACAGAAAACUAAUUUAAUAUAUAAAACAAAAUAAUAUGAAAUAACCUAUAUUGUACAUUUUUGAUUAUUUAAAAUAGAAUAACACUGUUCUACUUCUUUUUCUAAAAAAAAAGUUAUAGACUACUUAAUAUAGUAUGAAUUAUUAUUAGUACAAGUGUACAUUUUUAUAAGAUGACAUUGUUGUCAUAACUAUAUUCUUUUUCAAUAAAAAAACAUCU